UUAGACUCCACAAUCCGUCCGUUCUCGUGCGUCGAAUCUUUUAAUAGCGAUGGUGAUUAACGUGUCUCCCACAUAAAAACAAUGGAGUGGGUUGAAAGUAACGUUAAUUCAUUCGCUCUAUGACAAAGCGAAGAGCUUUUUGGUAUGGUGUGCGUAAAAGAUUUAUGAAGAUUUGCAAGAAAUGGCCUGAGAUUUUGCGCCUAUGGAAGUGAUGUAACUGAGAGAACCUUCUGGUGAAUUGACUGGUGUUACCUGAUCAAAUUAAACAAAUAAGUUUUUUUUCUUUAUUUUUAUUCUGCAUUCCUUUUGAGUAUUCCUUGAAAAUGAAGAUCGUCCUCGAGGACAUGCUGACGGUGGUCAAGCCACCGGCAGAAUCGCUAGACCUAUUCCGGACGAAGGUCAAAUCCAAGGAAGACUUCGAGAGGGCCUACGAGAAGAUCCAUGAGUACAAAGUGCGACCGGAGAAGAUAAGCAGACAGGAAGCCCUUGGCGAGGGUCCCCGGGGGUGGAAGGCGACCCCGGGGAAGCACGAGGAGCCACAGGCCGGCUAUACUGAUCCCCUCCCGCCAUCCAUGCAGGGGUUAAACAUGGAGGAGUUUUACGAGGUUGACAUUGACUGGAGAAUGUUGACAACGGCACGACCCAAAACGCGCCAUGAAGAGGAAAUAUUUUCCAGGUUCGUUGAAAUGGGUCGAAGGCAACUCCAGAGAAUUCGACAAGACAAUGAACUUUUGGCUCAGGGGAAAGACUGGAGAGGGCGUAUUGUAAAGGUCGUGCCAGGUCGCGGAUCAGUUCCGGAGACCCGGUUGCCGAUCUGCAAGGAAUGCAACGAAGAACUCUGCCACGGAGGUUGCAAGGAAUAUCUCUACGUCAAGUUCAUGAGGUUGCCGAAAGAGGAGAAGAAAGAGGAGGACGAAUCGGACGUCGACGUCGAGGAACUCGACAACCCGAAGCCGAAAGGGAAGAAGAAGAAGAAAGGAAAGAAGAAGGGCAAGAAGAAGAAGCAACAGAGUCAGGGAGGGGAGUUCCCUGACGAAGACGCCGACGAUGAAGACGACGGGGAAGAGUGAGGAAGGACUGAGGGACGGAGGGAGGGGUUCUAUAGUUGGUAUUUGAUUUUUAUGGCGGGUUGGUCUAUUUUCUGACUUCCAAUUGACGAGUUUUUAAAACUAGGAGUUAGAGUUGAGCAUUUUAUUUUCCAUCUCCUUUUUUCUUAUUGUCAUGUAAAUGGAACCGAUA